CUCACAUUCUCUGAGCCUCUUUUCCGGCUUUACUUACUUACUUGUGCCCUUCUGUCGCACUUAAGUCUGAUCAUCAAUCAACAAAACCUUCUUCAGUUUUUGUAUUCUUUGUUUCCUCAAACAAUAACCAAUUACUUGUUAUUUUGGACCAAACCCACAUUCCAUUCUUAUAUCUAACACACACACGCACACACACCAAAAAAAAAAAGUACCCAGAACUUGUUUUCAAUCGGCAACACAAAAAGCUUUGUUUUUUUUUUUUUUUUUUGGUGUUCUUUUGGUCAUGAAACGAGGGUACCCAGAAUCUCCUUCAGGCUCUGUUGGGCCACCUCAGUCCAGAUUGAAGCAUAACCCUGAAGGUGAUUCACAAUUUUUAGAGGAUGAAAGCACCAAGAUUUUUGCUCGGAAAGUGGCCGAGCAUUACAGUGCAAGGACAAAUCAGACUCUGGAAGAAAGAGAAGCUAGUCCAAUCAUCCAUUUAAAGAAACUCAACAAUUGGAUUAAAAGUGUUCUAAUUCAACUCUAUGCUCGACGAGGAGAUGCUGUUCUUGACCUUGCUUGUGGCAAGGGUGGUGAUCUCAUCAAAUGGGAUAAGGCAAAAGUUGGGUAUUAUGUUGGUGUUGAUAUAGCAGAAGGCUCAAUAGAAGAUUGUCGUACACGCUAUAAUGGUGAUGCUGACCAUCAUCAGCGUCGUAAAAAAUUCACAUUUCCUGCCCGCCUCAUAUGUGGAGACUGUUAUGAGGCUCGUUUGGACAAUGUUCUUGCAGAUGAUGCUCCCUUUGAUGUUUGCAGUUCCCAGUUUGCCUUGCAUUACUCCUGGUCUACGGAGGCACGUGCACGACGAGCCUUGGCAAACAUAUCAGCUUUACUUCGUCCAGGAGGCACCUUGAUUGGAACAAUGCCAGACGCCAAUGUGAUUAUUAAAAAACUUAGAGAAGCUGAAGGAUUGGUCUUUGGCAAUAGUGUCUACUGGAUACGUUUUGAUGAAGAAUUUUCUGAAAAGAAAUUCAAAUCUUCCAGCCCCUUUGGUAUUAAGUACAAGUUUCACCUAGAGGAUGCUGUUGAUUGCCCUGAAUGGGUUGUCCCCUUUCAUGUCUUCAAAUCAUUGGCAGAAGAGUAUGAUUUGGAGCUAGUUUUUGCAAAGAAUUCACAUGAAUUCGUGCAUGAGUAUUUGAAAAAACCAGAAUACGUGGAUCUCAUGCGGAGGCUUGGUGCCUUGGGUGAUGGUAACCAAGAUAAGAGUACACUCUCACCAGAUGAAUGGGAAGUAGCUUAUUUAUACUUGGCAUUUGUCUUGAAGAAGCGAGGCCAACCUGACCGGACACAGAUAAACAGCAAAAGAGACAGGGGGCAGAUGCAAAUAUCGAAGGAGGACAUCAUGUACAUUAGCAGAUCAUGAGGCCAAGUUUAGACAGGAUGAUAACAAUGUUUGUAAAGGCAUGGAGAAGCCUUUGUCACGGGGUGGUUUGAUGUUGAAAAGUGCUCUAUCACAAACCCCUCAUCGAAAUGGUUAAUACUAUUCAAUUUUGUUAGCCUCAAUAAUAAUGGUAGUAAUAAUCUGCCUUUGCUGCUCCUGAGAAGAUAAAGAUUAUAGUUUUUCUCCAGAUGAGGAAUAUUUUUAUAGGAAAUACACUCUGGCGAUGCAACAAUCUUGAUUAAUUGUAACAUAACUAAAAUUUGAUGUAAUUGUCUUUGACCAAGUACUACAAAUACGUCGAAAACGACAUUAUUCUUGAUGCUAUUGAUGAAUUUACCACUUUUAUUAAA